ACGUGGAGAUACCGCUACCUUUCCGUCGUGGAGGCAAAACAUCGAAUCAGUGGGAAUACUGGUCAGCUCUGCCUCGGCCCUGACAUUGCAUGCACAGUGCGUAUCAAUGUGUACGUGCGUACGCGCGCGCGCGUAAGCGUCGCUGAUAGCCCCCUAAUUCCGACUAUUCCGAGUAAAGCAUUGAUCGCGACCGCGCUUUCGCAAGCGGUAAGCGGAACGCAGUAUAACGCCGGCAGUCAUCAAGGUAGAGACUACGAGACAGGAAGCUCAUCGAAGUCGUUGCCCUUCUGACUUAAAUAUAAUCUUGGUUGAUAUUUUCGUCUCUAAUCAAUUUGAUCCGCUUUCAGCAUCGUGCUCACCGAUUCAGUCGACCUUGUCCUUCGUUCCUUUCAUUCGAGAUGUUGUAUGCAUUUAAGACGUGAUUAAAUACGAUCGUCGUUAUCGAACAGUCGUCGAGCGCACGUUUGUUGACAUUUCCCCUGAGACGAGAAUAUAGCUGUCGCAUCCCCGGUGAGGAACGGAGUUCGUCAUUCGUCGCUGGAUGAUCGGGAGAUCCGGAAGAAGAGUCAGUUGCUGGUAAAGGUCGAGUUCAGAAUGGCGCUCUGGUGGGAGAAGAUAUUUCUGUUGAUAAUAGCACUGAUCAGUUUGAGGAUCCUCGUUAAAAUCGGAAUUUUAACGUGGAAGAAACUGAUCGCCCCGACUUUCGGAUUUGGAAUACAUUUUCGAACACAGGGGAAAUGGGCGGUGGUAACUGGUGCGACAGAUGGUCUUGGGAAGGCAUUUGCUAAGGCACUUGCCGAAGAAGGUAUGGAUAUCGUCUUGGUCUCACGGUCCUUGCCCAAGUUGAAGGACGUUGCUACUGAGAUCGAGCAAAAAUAUUGCGUAGAAACUCGUAUCGUGGAAGCUGAUUUAACUGAAGGCCAGAUAGUUUACGCGGAAAUUGGCAAAGCAACGCAAGACUUGGAGGUCGGUGUUCUUGUGAACAACGCUGGCGCAAGUUACGACCAUCCUGAAAUGUUCACAAAUGUGUCGGAGGAAGUUCUCGCGAGAAUAUUGCAAUUGAAUGUAGCCGGAGUAACCGGGGUCGCAAGAGCGAUUCUGCCCGGUAUGCUGGAGCGAGGGAAAGGAGUACUCAUCAAUGUGAGUUCGACGGCUGCGGCUAUACCCAGCCCGUAUCUGUCCGUUUAUGCCGCCAGUAAAGCGUACAUCGACAAACUCAGCGCAGAUUUGGCUACGGAAGCUGCGCCGAGAGGCGUCACCGUUCAAUGUGUUCUACCCGGCCCAGUCGCCACGAAGAUGUCCAAGAUCAAGAGACCGACGUGGAUGGCACCUAGCCCAGAGACGUUCGUCAAAGCGUCUCUGAGAACAGUCGGUAUCGAAUCACGCACGACCGGAUAUCCACCGCAUUCGUUGAUCAUCGGCUUCAUAAACGCGUUGCGUUACACAUGCGAGACAGGCGCGGUGUGGUUGGUGGCGAAAACAAUGCUUAAUUUAAGGAGACGAGCCCUUUACAAGAAGACGAAACCCACAAUAGUACAGGAAACCGCAGAGGAGAACACUUUCUAGUUAUCUCGCGCGUUUUGUAAUGUCGUUUUCUUGUUAACGAAUAGAGCACUAGUGGCAUAUAGAAAAACGUUGCAGUAAGCAUUAAGCAACUCGGUCAAUCACGAUUAAGGACGUAGGACAACAAUGUUUAAUUGCUUACAUUUUUCUAUGUUCCAUUUUUUUAGCGUAUUCCGUCAGUCGUCCUCGAAUUGCUUUUUGUUACUGCUUCGCAUUAGUUAAAUCUUUUGAUCGCUGUUUCUUUACAUCCGAAUCUAUAAUAUAAGUAUCUGUUUCUCAAAGAUUUCCCUCUCAAAAAUAGAUAGGUUUGCAGUUUUUUUCCUGUUGUCUACAACAAGGCAAAUUCAUAAUGAAGGGAACAAGAUUCAUGAAAAUGACUUUUUUGAAUGGCAUAAAUCGGACAGAAAAAUGCAUAUCUGCGCAUCAAGUGCACUUAGAAAAAUAAUUGUUAUCUCAUUUUAAUUGUAAAAAUCUGUUCUUCUCUCUAAUACAUCCAUUUUUUAAUAAUAUCAAUUCAUUUAAAUAAAAUUUAUUACAUAAGCAUCCUUUUUCCUGUAUGCUGUAAGGUUUCUCUCAUGACAUGGUAGUAUCCCUUUCUCAAUAUAAAAAGAGGAUAUUAUUAACUAAACUUCAAAAAUAUGAUGGCAAACGCUACCGCGUGUCCUGGCGAUGAGAGAAAAAAAAAGUAAAAAAUAGCGACCCAUUGGAAUAUUUUUCACUGUUUUGAUUGAAAUAUAAUAUAGCGCUAAUUCUCUUUCAAUAAGUGUUGAGUAAAUCUAUUAAAAGUGGAAAAAAAAGAAUAACAGAGAUAAAAGGGCUCGAAGGAAUAACAUUCAAAUUUUUGGAAAAAAGGACGCUCAUCUUUUAUGUAAGUUUUCAUUAUCAUUGAUUAAUGAUAAUGAAAUCAUUGCUUUAAACUUCUCAUAGACUAUACAGUCUUUGAAAAAAACAUCUCAAUAUAUUUUGUAUCUACAUAUUUUCAGUGAUUGCGAAUAAAAUAGUUACACAUAA